UUAUCAUAAAUCUAUGGAUGCUUGGUAUCAUGUUGUAGCAAAUAUCAUUUGUGUUUCAUUACACGUGAGUUUUCCGUGUUUAAAUAAAGCAAAGCAGUUCAGACCUUUACUACAUUUCCCACAAGGCGUAGCGGGACCAUCGUGUCACGUGUCGCGAAACAGUCACGUGUAAACAUGGCGGCUUCUGUGUCCAGUGAAGAUUUCGAUAACUUUCAGCUUCUUUUAAAGGCUCCGUCUAAAGAUGUAGUGAGAGAUGUCUGUGUGCAGAGUCACAGAGGUUUGAGUCGCCACUUGACCGAGAGUACCGCAGCAUCAUUCAGCAUUCCUGCAGCCCAGGCUGCUCAGCUGGUCCAGUCCCUCCACACUCUGUCCCAUCACGUCCUCUUUUACAACCUCAGCACCCCUGAGCAGAUCCUCGCCAUCUUCCCCGAGUCCUUUCACGCCAGUCUGAAGAACCUGAUCACCAAGAUCCUGCUGGAGAACAGUCCAACAUGGAGGACAGAAGCUCUCAGUCAUCAGAUCUCCCUCCCUCAGCUGAAGGACCUGGACUGGAGGGUCGACAUGGUAACCGGCUCAGACUCAGUCAGUCGGAUGUCGGUCCCGACCUGUCUGGUUCAGCUGAAGAUGGAGGAUCCGUGUCCGUCAGCAGGUGGGGAGUCGGUUUCCACAGUGACGGUGGAGCUGAGCAAGGAGUCUCUGGACACCAUACUGGAUGGACUGGGACGCAUCAGAGACCAGCUCUCUGUGGUGGCUGGAAAGUGAGACCUUCCAGAUGUUUUCCUUCAAUCUCAGCUGAUGUUUGAACCACGGACUGAAUAUGAGAACAGCAUCUCAUCACCACCUCCUCCUUCAGCUUGAUGUGCUGUCUCGUUUGGACUGAAGCUGCCUGUUGCUGAUAUUCUGUGUCUCAAAGUCUUGAUUGCUUGUUUUUAUUUUUGUUUUGUUUUUUUUUGUUCCCUGAAUGCAACCCCUGGAGAUUAUUAUUUGGAUAAUCGAUACAGAAUUACUCAUUCAAACAGUUUAAAAACAGGAAAAACAUACUUUAACUAUGAAAAUAAACUUGUAACAGGAAUCAUGUACAUCAAAUGUCAAGAUUUCACGUACUUUUUAGUUCAAGAAUUGAAUUUUGGUAGUUGAUUCAAAUAAAACAAAUGUAAUAAAUGAAGGCACAUAAUACAACAGA